UAAAACAGAACGCGUCAUAAUGCAAGUCAAACAGUUACGUUGACGUUCUAAAUCCAUUUGAAGCACUGUCAUGACGACAUCAAUCAAAUUUCGAAUAAAUCCCCACUUUAAAAAGUGUGUUUAAAGCCACACCUCUAUCCACAGCUCUGAUCUUUUAACGCGUUCUAAACGUUCCAAAUGCAUACUUUGGUUCUCGGAAUGGAACGUAUCUGGAUUUUUACAUCUGCGUAACAGUAGAAGUGCAGUGAGGGACGCAGUGUGCUCGUCUCGCAGACUUUGCCCUAGAGCGGCAGUAUAAAGAGAGUUAUUGGAACACGGUCCGUUAUACGCAUCAGUUUAAGGUGGACUACAGACACUCAUUAGUUCACGAGCUUUUACCACUCUUUCACACUGACGACACCAUCCGCACAGGACUGAGCACAGAAGGAAACAUAUGUGUGAAGACUAAAGGUUGGAGAUGGAGGCCUUUAAUCACAGAGUUAACACUUAUAUUGACUCUUGGAUGGGACCCAGGGAUCCUCGGGUUAGAGGAUGGCUUCUACUGGACAACUACAUCCCCACUUUCGCCUUCACUGUCAUGUACCUUCUGGUUGUGUGGAUGGGACCAAAAUACAUGAAGAAUAGACAGCCCUACUCCUGCAGAGCACUGCUAGUGCCGUAUAACCUCGGCCUGACGCUUCUGUCUCUCUACAUGUUCUAUGAGCUGGUAAUGUCAGUGUAUCAAGGCGGAUACAACUUCUUCUGCCAGAACACCCACAGUGGAGGAGAGGCCGACAACAGGAUGAUGAAUGUACUUUGGUGGUAUUACUUCUCCAAACUCAUUGAGUUUAUGGACACUUUCUUCUUCAUUCUGAGGAAGAACAACCACCAGAUCACCUUCCUGCACGUCUACCAUCACGCCACAAUGCUCAACAUCUGGUGGUUCGUCAUGAACUGGGUGCCGUGUGGCCACUCCUACUUCGGCGCCACGUUUAACAGCUUCAUCCAUGUGCUGAUGUACUCGUACUACGGCCUCUCCGCUGUCCCAGCCCUCAGACCGUAUCUGUGGUGGAAAAAGUACAUCACUCAAGGGCAGCUGGUCCAGUUUGUCCUGACCAUGUUCCAGACAUCUUGUGCUGUGGUUUGGCCAUGUGGUUUCCCAAUGGGCUGGCUGUAUUUCCAGAUCACCUAUAUGAUCACUCUCAUCUUACUCUUCACAAACUUCUACAUAAAGACCUAUAAGAGACACGCGGGAUCUCGGAAGACCGAUUACUCGAACGGAUCAAUAAAUGGUCACACUAAUGGGGUGGCAUCCAAUGAGAAGGUGAAAUACAGGAAACCGCGCGCAGAUUGACGACACUUCGUCCGCUUACAGUCCCGUUAUUAAUAUCAGUCUAUCCACUUACCACGCUACAUCUAUUUCAUCUUUAAGAGACUCCUGACAUUUUUGCACACUGCAGCCACACUUUCAUAUUGAACCCAGAAAUGAAGAAAAGAGAGCUUUGGUUAGUGUACUUGAGUAUUUGUUGUUUUUCAUAUGAAAUUUUUCUUGAAAUACAAAGAUGGCUAACAUUAAUGCUGUACUAAUUUGCACUGUUGCACACUACGCUUGUUUGUAGACAUAAAGAAGAAUUUAUUAGAAGAAUUUGACAAGUAUACAGGAGAAUGUCACACUUAUGAGCUGAAUUAAACACAGUAGUAGCUUAUACAGCGUUUAUUUAUAGCGCAGGCAGAUAAUCUUGCUGUCAAUAGAAGACAGUAUGUAAAAGUCAUAAGAGAAAUACAGAAAAAAUAGAAGCUAUGUAGUUUUAUGGACUAAUCGAGCAAGUGAAUUAAUGAAUGUUUACAAAAGAAAAUGGACUGUUUAUUUAAUAAAAAUUUUAAUAGUUAAAAAUAAAAUAAAAUAAGGGUUUAGUAUUCCCCCAAAUAGCCCUGUGCAUGCAUUGAUAAAUUGUAAAAGGGGGAAAAAACAGACCAUAAAUAUACAGUUGUUUGUUGUAUAUGAAACUGUUGGCACAGAUUAUACUCCACCACAGUAUCUCCAGCCUGCAGAUGUCAGUUUAAUAUCUCAUCAGUUCUGUUCUGUGCACAUGGCUAGCCCUUGCAUGCAUAAAAGAAGCAGUUAAUAGCUUCGUAUUUUUUUUUAUGGUGUCAAAUGUCACAACGAAUCCAGCACAUCACUUUCACUUUUAACAAUGAACAAUGGCUUACACUGUAAUUACAAAGCACUUUAAGAACUGUGUAACACUUCCCCUUUCCUUCCUGAGACACUGAAAAUGCUGCAUGUCUGGCAGUGAAGGGUAUGCGCACAGUUCUUUAGACCCAGAAAGAGUCACUUAAAACAAAUUUUGCCCUUGUGUUUGAACAAACUUUUUUCUUAACCUAGUCUGCUGUUAAAGUGUAAUUUACGCGUUAAACCAUUAAGCAAAGAAUACUCCUACUGUAACACUCAACAGUUCCAGUUCUUCAUAUGAUAUAACAAUUAAGCCAUUCUCUCAGUUAGUAUUCUGUGUAGGAUAAGUAACAAUAUCUUGCAUUACUGUAACACCUCCCUGGUAAAAGAUAUAAUGCUGUUAAUUCAUGCUUUCAGUGCAGAAAUACAGACCUACCCAUGCAAUGUACCAGAUAGCAUUUGCUAAUAGCACAAUAGUUGAUACAAGUAGGCCGUUAUCAUUAGACCCAAUAAAGUGAUUUUUAUUUGGAAAUAAA